AUGGACGCAUUUAAGAACUUUAUUCGACACGGCAAGCAUGCGCGCGCGCAUAACCAGCAACAGCAGCAGCAGACGCAGAAUGACGCAAACAGCGAGCAAGCUCGCAAAGAAGCUGCUCUUGCGGCGGCAGAGGCUAAACGUCAUGAACGAGCAGAACGCGAGCGCGAGGAGAAGCAGCAGGCGAUGAAGGACAAGGCCCAUCAUACUCAGGCCGCAGAGGCUAUCGUCAAGGAAGAGCGUGCUGCUAGCUCAAAGAUGCCAUAUAUCAAAGGCCUCGAACGCUUCAGAUUGCUCGACAAGAUGGGGGAUGGCGCUUUCUCCAACGUUUACAAGGCUUUGGAUACCCAGACGGGCCAAAAAGUCGCCAUCAAGGUCGUUCGCAAAUACGAGCUUAAUUCUACACAGGAGGGAAACAAGCACCUUAACCCCGAGCUCAAGAAGAAGAAGCCGCGCGCGACCGAGCGUGCGAAUAUUCUCAAAGAGGUCCAGAUUAUGCGAGGAAUCGACCAUCCAUCGAUUGUCAAGCUCAUCUCCUUCUCUGAGUCUGAUGAGCACUACUUUUUGGUGCUGGAGCUCAUGGAAGGAGGAGAGCUUUUCCAUCAAAUUGUCAAGCUCACGUACUUCAGCGAGCCCUUGGCUCGUCACGUCAUCCUCCAAGUUGCCCAUGGCAUCCGCUACUUGCAUGAGGAGCGUGGCGUUGUCCACCGAGACAUCAAACCAGAGAAUCUGUUGUUCGAAAGGAUACCAAUUAUUCCAUCCAAGAAUCCUAUCAAUCGUCCCUAUGACGAGGAAAAGGAGGACGAGGGCGAGUUCAUCAACGGCCUCGGCGGCGGAGGCAUCGGGCGCGUCAAGAUUGCCGACUUUGGGCUCAGCAAAAUUGUCUGGAACGAGGAUACGAUGACGCCUUGCGGAACGGUCGGCUACACCGCACCAGAAAUUGUCAAGGACGAACGCUACAGCAAGAGCGUCGACAUGUGGGCACUCGGAUGUGUUCUUUACACGCUUCUCUGUGGAUUCCCGCCUUUUUACGACGAGAGUAUCAACGUCUUGACGGAGAAGGUUGCUCGGGGAUACUACACCUUCCUGAGCCCCUGGUGGGAUGACAUCAGUGCAUCCUCCAAGGACUUGAUCACUCACUUGCUGUGUGUGGACCCCGCCCAACGAUACACCAUUGACGAAUUCCUCAACCAUCCAUGGUGCAAAGAGGCCCAAGGCUCUAUUCAGCCUGCUAAAACUCCCGCCGUUAAUCAUCCACUCGACUCUCCUCUUCUUCAGUCCGCUCAUGGUGUCGCCGUUGGCCGCUCCCCUGGCCUCGCGACGCUCAAAGAGGCGUUUGACAUUACGUAUGCCGUCCAUCGAAUGGAGGAGGAAGGCGCUCGCCGACGAGGUGCCAACUUCCUUGGAGAUCUCAAUGAAGACGACGAAGACGAGGAGGACAGCGACCAGGCUGUCAUCAACUCGGUCAAGCAGCGACAGAAUGGUAAUCUCACUGGCGCUCAGGGUGCAGGCACUCGGGGCGUCGAUACGGGUACACAUAUGAAUCGCGAUGCCGCAAAGACGGCAUAUCAAGGUGGACGCGCAGGACCGCGCGAUCGAGGAGACCGCAAGAAGGGCUUUGAACUCAAUUUGGGAGGCGCAACACUACUUGGCCGCCGGCGCAAGACCCCACCAGAAGUCAAAAUGGCAGAGGGAUACGGUCAGCGCGUACCAGUUCAUAUUGCUGAUGCGGGCACGCCAAUGAGUGUCGUGUAG